AGGCAGCCGGCAUAGCGCGCGCGAUGGUUUUUGCAACUCCCAGACAGGCUUGGGGGUCAAAAGUGAGGCGGGCGGCUGCGGCUGCUCGAGACAAGCCCCUUCUCCGUCCGUGGCGCGCGCGCAACAACCUUUUCUUCCGGGGUGGGGGUGGGGAAGGGAGAAAAGGAGCCACAAUUCGGAUAUCCACCAUGGAGCUGCCGGUGACUGACCUAAGGAAGGGCAGUUGCGGCGGCAGGGGCUCGGAGGCGCCUCGGGAGCGACGCCCGCCGGUGUCUGUGGCGGCGGUGCUCCCCGCCGGAGGAAGCGGGGAGCGCCUGGGCGGCUGCACUCCGAAACAGUUCUGCGCUCUGCUGGGGAGGCCGCUCGUUAGUUACACGGUGCGAGCAAUGGAAAGAAUCAGCUGGAUAUCUGAUAUUGUUGUUGUGGUGUCUCCGGAGAACGUUGAAGUAAUGAAGUCUAUUAUAAAAAAAUAUGGUCACAAACGAACAACAGUAGCCGAAGGUGGAAUGACUCGUCAUAGAUCGAUCUUCAAUGGAUUGAAAAAAUUUGCAGAGAGCCACCUUCUCAGUUCACCACUUCAGAAACCAGAAGUAGUAGUAAUCCAUGAUGCCGUGAGACCAUUUGUUGAGGAGGACAUACUUUUUAAAGUAGUUAUGGCUGCCAAAGAGCAUGGGGCAGCAGGAGCAAUCUGUCCUCUUGUCUCCACUGUUAUUGCUUCCUCUGCUGACGGAUGUUUAGACCAUUCACUAGAUCGUGCCAAGUACAGAGCAAGUGAAAUGCCUCAGGCUUUCUUAUUUGAUAUAAUCCAUCAAGCAUAUCAUCAGUGCAGUGACUAUGACCUGGAUUAUGGAACAGAAUGUUUGCAUCUGGCACUAAAAUACAACAAAACAAAUGCAAAACUUAUUGAAGGCCCCGCUGACUUAUGGAAGGUGACCUACAAGCGGGAUCUGUAUGCAGCUGAUUCUUUAAUUAAGGACACCAUAUCACAACAAGUUUGUGUUCUCACUAAUAUGAAGGAAGAUGCCGUGCAAGUAGGAUUUCUCCUUCAUGAAACACUGAAGAGUCAUGUGAAAAUGGUUAAAGCUAUAUCAACGUCCCUUUGCAAAAAUGAAAGUCAUCUGCAAAAUAUAUUACUAGGACAAUGCUACAACUUUAUUUGCAUAAAUGAUAACAUGUCUAACUUCCAAGAAACACAUCACUUAGUGGAAAUACUUGAAAACACAAAUGCUUCUGUUUUAUACUCUGUUGUUCUUAUCUCGGUAUACUUGGAUUUUUUCGAAAAUGUGUCUUUUAUCAGUGCAAUGCAAAGAUUCGCUAAAUUUGCAAAGGAAGUGGAAAAGAAAAAUAUUUUGCUAUAUGGUCUCAGUAUACAUUACCAAAAGGACAAUUUGAAGCCUCAAGAGGCCAUGGAUUCAGCUGCUGCUCUUAUCGUGGCAUUAAUAAGAGACAGAAACCCUGCCUACGUUGGACAGCUUCUAGUAGCGUGAAAAGGAGAUGUGAAGAUAUUUCAAGGAGGGGGUCAAUGCAGGCUUUUUAAGUUGAAAUCUACCAACAGUACAUUUAGGGUGGCAGUUAAAUAUUUAAGAGGGAGGUCUUAUUUGAAAUUUAGCUACUAUAAGGUUCAGAAUGUUAUGCUAUGUGUUACCAUGAGUGCCUUUGGGCAGCGAGAACUAAGGACUAUGAUAAAUAAGGUUGUUUGUAUUCUAAAGGGAUAUAACUGCAGAAGUGAAUUGUUUCAAAGUUGUUUGGACAUAAUCUAGCCAGAGUGAAGUGCUUUAAAUGCAGCUAUACCACGAGGAAGUGCUAAGCAUGUGCUACUGUAUUAUUGCACUGGCUAAUUAAAGCCAUAAGAAGAGCC